AAGUUGACAAGAUGUGUGAGUGCGAGGGACAGAGGUCCUCUUUGUGAAGUUCAGUUAAUUUUUUUAUAGAAUUUAAGUACGUAAAUAAUGGACAUCAAAUAUGAAGAUACUGUUCAGUGCCUUUUCUUUAAGGCUUCACAAGAUAAUGUUAAUUGGGAUGAGUUGUGUCAGACUUUAAAUGCAACGGCUUACGCAUUAUCCAAGGGAUACAUUUGGCAUCGCGAUGAGUUUAAAAUUUGUCGACCAUUAAUAACAAGCGAAUAUGAUACACCAUCUCACCUUGAAAGCAAAACAUGUUUUGGAGACAACAUAGAAGAUGAAUGGUUUAUAGCUUAUUUAGUUUUCAAAUUAACUGAAGUGCACAAUGGAUUAAUUGUACAAAUAGAAGAUAAUGAUGGGGACUUUCUAUUAAUAGAAGCUGCAGAUUUUUUACCUAUAUGGGCCAAUCCUGAAACAACUCGGAACAGAGUAUUCAUUUACAAUAAUAAUGUACACCUAAUUCCACCAACUUUGGCAGAACUUAAAACACCUUUAGAAAUAACUGAUGCACUAAAACUGAUUGUGGAUCAUCCAGGAGAAACAAAAGCCUCUUUACAAGUAGAAAAGGCCAUUCUUGAAAGAAUUGUAGCCUAUCCUAAUAGAUUGAGAGAACUAUGUCACAUGGCAACAAUCAGUCUUCCCAUUGAUGUUGCUUCAUUACUAAUACUAAAACCUGCUCUUAUAUCUCAUCUUGUGAACUCCUACUGUAAUCAUGAUAUUAUUGAUGAAAAAAAAUGUAAAAAACCUGAUUUACACAAUUGCAUUGAUGUGAGCAUUCAAUUUACAAAAUUUCAAUAUGCAAUGAUCUUAAAUUCAAAGCCAGUAAAUAGUUCUGGGCACAGGAAUCCAUUGUUACAAAAGAAAAAAAAUGAAAUUGGUUACAAAUUAGCUUUUGGCUUUCAAAUCAUUAUGAAUGAAUCAAAGAGAGACAAGUUUUCUUCCCUAGAGUAUAAUAAAUAUAUAAAUAAUUUAAAGAAAAAUAAUUACUUUAAUGGUAAUAUUGAGGGUUCAAAGGAUUACAAUCAGUUAUUACUAAAAGCCCAGGCAUAUUUCAAAGAAACAGAAAGUCCAGUGAUUUCAUAUAUUUACGAAAAUAUAGCACAACUUAUGUCUACAAAUGAAUACAAAGAACUAAAACAAUCUUUGCAACAAAACAGUCAUUUAUAUCUGUUUGAAGAAGACAGUGACAAUUGGCUAAAUGUAAGUCCUGAUGAAAUAGAUGAUUUUUUAAACAAAAACUACAGAAAACAAGUCCAGUCUGAUGACCUUACAAAACCCAGCAUUGUCACAUCUGGUUUGUCCAAUUUUCUCUCUCAAAGAUCGGAUUAUGAAGGAAUUGAAGAUAAUACAGAUGAACCCGAAAAUGGUGACAUCCAAUUUGAUUGUGAUCAGUUUAUUACAACACUGAAAGAAAUGUUGGAUGUUGUAACACUAAAUGAAAGUGAUGAUGACUGUGAUUUCAGUGAUAUAGAAACUCAAGACUACAAUGUUGUAGAGACACAACUUGAUCAAGAACUUGCAUCUAAAAUAUGUGAAGAGAACAAAAAUUUUAAAGAUGAUUCAUGCAUUUUAUCAAACUUAGUGAAUAGUAUGAAAGAAGAAGGUUUGUCGGGGCCAACAAGUAAUAUUUUAAAGUCAAUAGGAAUAAAAAAAUCGGAAAUACUGGAUUCUGAUGAUGAUGAUGAAUUUAAUUAAGUGAUAUUGUAAAACGAUAAGAUAGGAUACAUAAUUUUUGGGUUUUUCAUGUUUACUUUCUGCAACGGAUCAAUAUAUCAUUGGAAUUUUCCUAGAGAUAUAAACCAGAGUCUGAAGUAACUUAUGAAAUUCGUUUUAUCUCCGAAAAAUGUCAGGUUCCUGAGGGAAAAUUUUUUUCUUAUAGUUCGGCUUAAAUACCACAGACAAUGUUGCGGGCUAUGGCUAGUAUAAAGUAAAGAAAAGAUCUUACCAGCGUUUUGUACAUUUAUUUAUAGUAUUUGUUUUUUAAAUGUAUAUGUCAAUUAACAAGUGAUUCUUUGAAGGAAUAACAUCUCCUUACAAAAAUUGGACCCCCUUUUUAGGCAAUUAUAAUACUACAAUAUAAAAAACAUGUUACAUAUGCUUAA